AUGCAUAUACACGCAGACAAGGAGUCGGCUUGACACUAGCUCUGUUAUCAGACGACUGGCGACAUCUGUUGUGAUUUUCGAGCUGACGCAAGUGCACUUAUUGAGAGGUUAUAUAGUUUGAUGGGAGAGCUUUUGCGAUCGAGGAGUACUUAUAUUUGGAUGAUGUGUAUCGCGAUCUUCCGAAACGUCGACUAAUGCCGUUGACCGAGUCGGCGACGUUUUUCUAGGCCCAUGUUUGAGAGAUACCGAUAAUCAGGAUAACAGGAAGGAGAAGCAAAGAUGAAGUACUCCACUUCUCCACCGAUGAGCAGAUGUGCUUCGCCAAUGUCCAUGAGGUCCAGCUCGUCUCUUCCCAUGCCAGUCACUUAUAGGCAGGAUUGCUUUGGAGCAGCUACCAAAUGCUACAAGUACCUGAGGAAGCUCUUGAAGUUCGAGCAGAUGGAUUUUGAGUUCGCGGUAUGGCAAAUGGUCUAUUUGUUUACCUCGCCACAAAAAGUCUACAGGAACUUUCAGAGCCGAAAACAGACCAAGUCACAAUUUGCAAGGGAUGAUCCUGCCUUCUUGGUCCUGUUUUCCUGCUGGCUCUGUGUUUCAUCACUGGGAUUCGCUGUGGUUUUGGGUCUGGGAUUCCUGCAGUUUUUGAAAUUUCUUCUAUACGUAGUUUUCGUUGACUGCAUUGGGAUGGGGGUUGCAGUGGCUUCCAUAUUCUGGUUCAUAACUAAUAGAUAUCUACGCAAUGAUCGUUCCCAAGAUGUAGAGUGGGGAUACGCAUUCGAUAUCCACUUGAAUGCUUUCUUUCCUCCACUAGUUAUUUUGCAUUUUGUACAGCUGUUUUUGUAUAAAAUCCUAAUUAGUCAUGAUUACUUUCUCUCGCGCUUUGUUGGAAACACAUUUUGGCUUAUUGCAGUCAGCUACUAUAUUUAUAUUACAUUCUUAGGAUAUGCAAGUGUCGAUAUUCUUCAUAAAACACACGUGAUACUUCAAGCAGCAGUGCCAAUUGUUUUGCUUACAUAUGUUGUCACACUAGCAGCCGGUAUCAACGUGAGUCAGGAAGUAAUGCAAUUCUACCACGAGCGGGUCGUGUGAGGCUGAUUUUUCUACAGAAACUGUGAAUUGACCAGGAACUAAUUUAAACUUUCUAUUGUAAAUACGAGGAAACUUUGUUUUUCUAGUUAUUCGUUAUUUGAUGACGAGUCGUGAGCAUCUUGUUAAAAAUAUGUUUAUUUCACAAUCCUUUUUCAGUGUAUAAAUUAAUACAUUAUGUAUGUAACAUUAUGUGUAAAUACUUCUAUAUUACUGUAUGCGCAGGUUUGAUAUAAAGCAAGGUUUUUAAUAUUAAAUUA